AUGCAUAACGAUAAUGCAAUAGACAUCACUACUGGAGAAUCAAAGAAACCCGAAAUAAUAACUUUCUAUAAUAUAACGAAAGGAGCUGUCGAUGUCGUCGACGAAAUGGCUGCGACAUAUUCAACAACUAAAAAAACAAAUCGAUGGCCUAUGACGAUAUUUUAUGCAAUGUUGAAUGUAGCUGCUAUAAAUGCACGCGUUAUUUUGCUAUCCACUAAGGAACCACCGACUCAGAAUCGAACACGACGUUCUUUUCUGAAAAGUUUGGGAUUUAAACUAAUCGAAGACUACAAAAAGAUCAGAAGCCAGCAAACAAUGCUUCCGCAAAGUUUGAAAGUAAAACUGGUAAAGAAUGAGGACUCUCAACCAUCUGCUAAGAAGGCAAAAGUAAUAAUUAAAAGAUGUGCUGAAUGUGGAUCUAAAAAGGACAGAAAAACAAAAUAUAUUUGUGAAAAAUGUCAAAAACAUGUGUGUAUGGAACACAUGGCGUGUAUUUGUAGGAAAUGUACAGAAUAA